UACUUAAGCGGCCGCGCCGGCCACGGCCCUGCACUCGCUUGGAGCGCGCGGGCGAGGCGGAGCGCACCGGGGCUCUCGGGGCGCACAGCGGCUCGCUGGUACCGCUCCGCUUGGCGGGCGGCUCUCAGCUGCUGCGGUGACGGCCGGAGCGAAAGGUUGAGCGAGCGUCCGGGAGAGGUGGCUGCGACUCUUGAGCGCGGCCCUGCUCUUUGCCAUUGUCCCAACCCGGCCACCUCUGUGCCAUGGCUCUGGCGGACAGCACACGUGGAUUACCCAAUGGGGGUGGCGGCGGGGGCGGCAGCGGCUCCUCGUCUUCGUCUGCUGAGCCGCCGCUCUUCCCCGAUAUCGUGGAGCUGAACGUGGGGGGCCAGGUGUAUGUGACCCGGCGCUGCACGGUGGUGUCGGUACCCGACUCGCUGCUUUGGCGCAUGUUCACGCAGCAGCAGCCGCAGGAGCUGGCCCGGGACAGCAAAGGUCGUUUCUUUUUGGACCGAGACGGCUUCCUCUUCCGCUACAUCCUGGAUUACCUGCGGGACUUGCAGCUAGUCCUGCCCGACUACUUCCCUGAGCGCAGCCGGCUGCAGCGCGAGGCUGAGUACUUCGAGCUGCCAGAACUCGUGCGUCGCCUCGGAGCGCCCCAGCAGCCCGGCCCGGGUCCACCGCAUUCGCGGCGCGGGGUGCCCAAGGAUGGAUCACUGGGCGAUGAGCUGCUGCCACUAGGCUACGCCGAAUCGGAGCAGCAGGAGGGCGCCUUGGCUGGGGCUCCAUCGCCCACGCUGGAGCUGGCGAGCCGCAGCCCUUCCGGGGGCGCUGUGGGCCCGCUGCUCACGCCUUCCCAGUCGUUGGACGGGAGCCGGCGCUCGGGCUACAUCACCAUCGGCUACCGCGGCUCCUACACCAUCGGGCGGGACGCGCAGGCAGAUGCCAAGUUCCGGCGUGUGGCUCGCAUCACAGUGUGUGGCAAGACGUCCCUGGCCAAGGAGGUGUUCGGGGACACCCUGAAUGAGAGCCGGGACCCGGAUCGGCCCCCGGAGCGCUACACCUCGCGCUAUUACCUCAAGUUCAACUUCCUGGAGCAGGCUUUCGACAAGCUGUCCGAGUCAGGCUUCCACAUGGUGGCGUGCAGUUCCACUGGCACCUGCGCCUUUGCAGGCAGCACCGACCAGAGCGAGGACAAGAUCUGGACCAGCUACACUGAGUAUGUCUUCUGUAGGGAGUGAGCGUGUCCCCCGCGCCCCCCCUCCUUGCUGCGCGGGAGAGAAUUAUAGCUUUCCCUUCCCACCCACACCACCCCUUCUCUCAGUUCCCCACCUCUAGUACCUCCAGUAGCUGGGCCAGGCCCACUCACCACCCCUCCCCCCCCCCUUUAGAAGAUGCAGCCAUAAAUCUGCUAGGUUCCUUCGUUUUCGUUAGACCUGAGAGACCCCAGAUGUAAUCCUACCUUCCCACACUCCUGCCUUCUUCCUCAAGCCAUUCCUCAACCUUAGAUUAUCCUUUCAGUCUGGACCUGGUUGGGGCAGUGUGGCCACAAAGUCACUCCGGAGCUGGGAAUGACUGAAUUGCCCAAAACUUAAUGGGAUCAUGUCUAGUGUGUAGACGAUUCUUUGAAAUUUUCUCAAGCCCUUGCGACUCACUUAAGGUUUAAGAGCUCAGAACUGAUAGUGCUGUCUGGGAAUGCCUAGUGCUUUAAAUAAUUGUUGCACAGUCUUUUUAGACCCUCUUUAAAAGUAGCUUUAGAAGGCUUAAUGGAAGACUCUGGCCCAGAAAUUAGACUAGGUGCAGUUCAGUGAAUUUAAAUGAGUCGAAUUUUGAAAAGUUAGAGGCUUAGAAGAAGAGGAACCUACUCCAGACACAAGGAAGAAUCAUCUUUUUCCAUGCAGAACUGAAGGUCCUCAUCACCUGUGGCAUAAACUCUUGGAGAGUUACUUCCCUCCUGCCAGAAGAGGCUCCCUUUCUUCUGACUUGAUGACCAGAAACCCUUGCAUCCACUAUGGCAGCCUUUCUCUGCAAGAGUGAUAAGGAACACUGCUACUGAAGAGGUCUGGACAUCCCAGGCCACCAAGCACUGUGGGAAUCACCUGGCAGUGACUGUAAACAGCUGGGUAGUAAUGCACGUUGUGGGUUUUAGGAAACCCACAUUCUGACAGUUGAAUGGCAGUAGGACUAGCUCUUAAGACUUAGGGUGUGGGGUGGGAAGGGAGAAAGAGAGUAUGGUGGGUGGGAAGGGAGGAGGCGCAGACAUAACUCAUUUACUAUAUUAUUUGAACGUUGGAAGUUUGUGCCAUCUAUUUGACUACAUGCAUAUAAGAAAAUAGCACGCAAAACAUUAUAUCAAGUUAGUAACAGAUCUACAUAUAACUGGCAGUUCUUGAAUUAACUGUUUUGAGUCCUAAACUUAGAAGUUACUGACACUUACAUAAUCACCUAACCAAAGAGUUUCCCAGUAGGGUUUUAGUUUUUAAACAUUUAUUUUUCCGUUAUUGUCUAUUAGUUCUGGUUUCAAAAUCUAUUUACUCGAGGAAAAUAUAUUUGAUUUUUGGUUACUUAGACUUCAGAGAUCUUAAAGAAACUUCUUCCUUCCUUUCUUCCAUUCUUUCCCUCCAAGCCCAGCCAAUGCUAAUUUCUGGACAAACUGAAAAUAAUGCUACUUAUUUCUUGCUGAAUGUGUGGUAUUAAGGUAUAUCUUUUUAAAAUUUCUUCUUUCAUUCAUUCAUUUUUCUUCUUAUUAUUAUUGAGUGACAGCUGCAAAGAAAUAGAAGCACCAAGGGCUUCCCAUCUGUAGAUAAGUGUAUAAUGGAAUAUGGCUAACUGAAGGCAAAAAAAAAAAAAGGACUUAAAAGUGAUUUGAGCAAUAAAGUGUGUUUUUAGGUAAAUGCAACAGAAACAGGAGACCUGUUUGCCUUAUACCUUUAUUCUAACAGAAUAAAUUCCCACUGCAUAUCUUAUCUAAACCAUAAGUGAAGGGAAAUGAAUCCUUUUCUUUUUAUGCUGUGAGGCUCCUUUGGAUGUUCUGUGAUGUCAGAGAAGCCUUUUCUUUAAAAAAAAAAUUCUUUCAGUAGCUUUCUCUGAAGUAUGUUUUUAAAGAUUUUUGUAAGAGUUGUUUUCAGUGUUUAAAUUCAUGCUAUUUUUUUCCUUUAAAAACUGAAUCUUGUACUAUCUUACUAAUGUCUUUAAUAGAUGCUAAGAAUUGGAAUAGUCUUAUUCGUAGACUCCUGUAAUCCCAUUUGUAUAUGCCAUAUAUAAACAUUGUACACAAAUCAUUUAGUGUUUUAAUUCAUUUACUAACACUAUAAAGUUUCCUACAUUUACACCCAGUAUCUUGCAUCAGAUGAUGUAUAUACUAAAGCAAGUUAGUUUGAGAAAUUGGGUGAGGACAACAUUCAUAGUUAUCAAAGUGGCCUAUACUUUUUUGGUUGUUAGUUAUAUACAAAUACUAUAUUGUUGGUUAUUUACUCAAAAUCAAGGUACCUGUAUUUUUAAUCCACUGUUUUUUAAUUGGGAAAGAUUAAACAUCUUUUCUUGUAAUUACAUUUUUAGAAAAGCAAAGCUAGCUUUAUAUAUAUUUACUAUAAUUAUGAGGGAAAUGAGAGCAAAAAUCCAGGAAGCUGUGUUUGCUUAUGUGUUAGAUAUGUCCUCAAAUUAGCUAAUACAUCAUAAUUUAUCUCUGUUUCAAAGAGGAAAUGAUUUAGGAGUGUUGUUGCUCACUGGCCAAAGGCGAGUGUCACAGAGAUUUCCCUUCCCCACAUGUUUUGUUAUUUGUAUACCAAAAAACACAUGAUUGAGAACAUCUUAAGACAGACUGAAACUACUGACAGAUGGCAAGACUCCUAGAUUUUGAUUUUCUUCUUUAUAUCUGCAAGACUCUAGGAGUCAUGGGAAACUGCUAAAGUUCUGCCUCUGCCACUCAAUUAUUAUGAAUUUUGUCUAGUAAAACUAAGAUUGUGUGCAAACACAUCUUUACUUUUUAUUAUCUGGAAGUUUGGAGAUUUAAUGGUUAGAUGGUACAAUGAUUUCUUUUUCUAAGGAUGGCUGUUCUCUCUAAUGUUGGAAGUCAACACAGGAAACAUUGUAUUUUUAGCUCAAAGCAGAAGUUGAAUAGGAAGCUCAUUUUACAUUGAGUAGGUAAUGUAGCUGAAGUAAGAUGAUUUGGAGUGGCACUUUUGAGUCUCAUCAUGCUCCAUGAGUUUUGGGGCACAGAAGGACCCUUUGUAUUUCUACAGAGUGGACUGGAGUGUGGGUUGUCACUUGUAAGCCUGCAUAGUAAUCCUCAAUAGGGUGCAUUUGCAUAAGCCCUGCAGAGAAACUUUCCAAAUACUAGACAGAAUGUCAUACAUUAAUUGAAUCACUAUGACUGCAUUGACCUGAUUCUGUAUAGCAUUUAUUUACAUAUAUAAUGACUAAUUAACAUUUGAAUCAUAAAUAUGACUUAUAACAGUUUAAUAACAUUUAAAUUAAAAAUGUUAAUUGCAAUGGUUAAAAAAAAAACAGGUACCAAAUUUAAAGCUUUUACAUCAAGUAUUGACAAGUAGUUUAUUUUUCAUAGAUUGAACCCUAUUCAUGCUGGUCUUUCAAAUAUUAUGGAAAUUUCCCUUUGAAGAUAUCAGUCUUAAAUUAUCUUUUUCUGUUUUUAUAUUGGAAUUGUCCAUGGAAUAUUACUACAUAAAGCCAUGCAAAGUGAAAUUUUGAUAAUUUUUUACUUUUUAAAUUAUAGUGAAUUCUAAUAUAACAUUCAAGGCAUUUUUGUACUCCAAAUGAAAAAUGCUACAUUAUUGUGCAUUUAGAAAAGUAUUGACUGGGGGGGGGGUUAAAUUCCUUAAAUAUUUCUUUUAUAGUGUAAAUCAUAUGUACUUUACUUAGUUGACUUAAAUUUUUAAAAUAGUUAAUAGUAUUUUUAUUGUAAAAAUACCAGAGUAAAUCUUUUGCAAUUUUUUGUUUGUUUUUCCCUUCUGUAACUCAUUUAAAAGCUGAAUUAAUUUUUUAAGAUAGCCUAAGUCUGUCUCUUGAGAAAUACAUAAAAUACUUUGUGUAUCUAGUAGCUAUCAGUAACCUGAAAUAGGGUUUAUAGAACCAGAAACAGUUUAUGUUGAAGUUAUCUUUUCUUUGUCACAGUUUGAGGCAAUAGAAAUCUGAAAAUAUUAACAUUUGAAGUUUUAGAUUCUCUACUGGGGUUUCUUGAGACUUAGAUGGAAGAAAUUCAUUAUUUACAUUAAUCUUGUGUGAUAGGAAAAUGGGCUAGUUGACCAAGAAUUCUUGUCACCUUAUAUAUUAUUGAUUUUUUUUCUGGAGCCAAGGUAUUAUAUUUUUAAAUUAAAUGUGUUUUGUGGUAUGCGAACAUUAAUUGUAAUGUGAACUAUCAAACAACUGUCUUUGUGACUAUAGUUAGAUGAAUUUUGGCAUUACUAUGGAAUACAAAUGAUGAAAAUUCAGUUACAACCACUUAAACAGCAUCAGUAAGCCUUUAAUGACAAAAGGUUGAGGCAUCCAUCAUGGACAUUACUUCUGAAGAUAACGAAAUUUAUGUUAUUUUAAUCUUGGAGGCAUUUGAUAAUUCUUAUCUGCCAACAAAAUUACUGUUCCCAAAGAGAUCUCUGAGGUUGUGAAAUUACUGAAAAUGGUAUAUACCAAGUGAGCCAUUUUCUCAAAAUAGAAGAGGAAAGAAAAAAAAAGUCAUUAUAAUAUCAUAUUCUUCUAAUGAAGUAGAACAUCAAGAAAAAAACUAUAUAUUUUAAAUAUGAUGAUCUUUUCUAAUAUUCCCAAACUUUUGAGAAUUUCUUCAAAUAUUGAAAUGCUCUAAGAUUUUUGUUUCCUUGUUCAUUAUCACUUGUAUAACAGAAGAAACUUGAUACUGUUUUCCUUCCUCUGUGUGAAGUAAUGAAUCAUUGAUUAUGUGACUUGUUAUGUAUUCUAUUAAACACUAAAGAAUAAAAACAUCCACUCCUUUAA